AUGCCUUGGUUCCUUGGCAGCCAGUAUCUCCUUGUAUAACGCUAGCAAUGGCUCUAAUAAUUCAUGUCCUGCUUCUUCUAGGGUUUGCUGUGCAAAUCAAGGAAGACCUUGGUAUAAGCCAUGCGAAGGCUUUUCUUGUUUCAAGUGCUGAACAUCCUCCUGCUAACUGCAUAGAGAGUGAAAGAAUGGCCCUUGUUGAUUUCAAGAAGCACAUCAACGAUCCAAACAACAAGCUCUCUUCUUGGGCAGGACGAUAUUGCUGUUCCUGGGAGGGUGUUCGCUGUGACAACACAACUGGCAACGUCAUAGGACUGGACCUCAGGAACAGGAUUCCAUACUACCAAAGAGCAGGUGACAUCUUCCUUUAUUCUCCACGUCAUAAUGGCUCCCUGGGUGGUAAAAUAUCUCCAUCUUUGCUUCAUCUUCAACACUUGAAGCACCUUGACUUGAGUAGGAACUACUUCAGCGUAACAAGCAUUCCAGCAUUCAUCAGCCAGUUCAAGGAGUUGAGGUACUUGAACCUUUCCAAAUCUGUUUUUCAUGGACCCAUUCCUGCUAGUCUUGGAAAUCUAUCCAGUUUGCAUACUCUUGAUCUUUCAUACAAUGGUGUUUAUGAUGAUCCUGCUCAUCAAUGGCUUUCUCGUCUUACUUCGUUGCAACUAUUGGAUAUGAGUGGUGUCGACUUUGGUAGUAGCUCAUCCAGUAGUACCUUGUUUCAAGCUCUGAACAAGCUUCCUUCCAUAAAGGAGAUACGUUUGGCUGAAUGUGAACUCGGAAGCAUUCCUCUUUCCAUUCCUCAUCUCAACUUUUCAUCUCUCACUGUUCUUGAUCUCUCUGAGAACUCCAUCAAUUCCUCGGUACCUGGUUGGGUGUUCAACCUCACAGAGCUCGAGUACCUUGAUCUCAGUUACAACUAUUUUCAUGGCAAGCUCUCUAGUAGGUUAGCGAGUAUGGCCUCCCUAGAGACGCUCAUCUUGGCAAUGAGUGGUUUCAGUGAUGAAAAUGGGAUUCCUGAAAGCAUAGGAAGCCUUUGUUGCUUGAAAACUCUGGACCUAUCUGGAUGGAACAUCAGUCAGAGACUAGCUGAAUUUCGUAAUGUUUUUUCUGGUUGUCUUAGGAAUAGUCUCACUGAUUUGCACUUAAGCUCUGCUAAUCUGAAAGGAGAUGUACCAGAUUGGAUUGGGGACAUCAAGAAUCUUAAGGUUCUUGAUUUCAUGUUCAACUCACUAUUUGGCUCUCUGCCUUCAUCUCUAGCAAAACUCUCUCAUUUGGAGGAACUACUGCUUCACAUGAAUCAAUUGAAUGGAACAUUACCAGAAGAAAUUGGACAGCUUGCAGAGCUUGUAAAUAUCGGUCUGUCAGGCAAUCAGUUGAGUGGUGUUAUAACCGAAGCACACUUUGCUCGGUUAGAGAAAUUAGAUGCACUUGAUAUGACCGGUAAUUCCUUGGUUUUCAAUGUGAGUUCUAACUGGAUCCCUCCUUUUCAUCUCAAAACUCUACGAAUCAGAUCUUGUUCUGUAGGCUUGGAAUUUCCAUCUUGGCUUCGGAAACAGAGCAGGUUGCAUGUCCUUGAUAUGUCUUAUACUGGAAUCUCAGAGGCCAUCCCUGACUGGUUUUGGAAUUUGACUCAGAACCUAUACACAUUAGAUCUAUCUCAUAAUCUGAUAGAGGGGAUCAUAUCCAAAUCCUUAUCUUUUGAUCAAAUUGACAAGAUUGAUCUUUCUUGCAACCUGUUUUACGGACCAUUCCCACAAUUCCAUUCAGCAACAUUAGCAAUACUAGAUCUAUCAAACAACUCAUUCUCAGGGUUUAUCCCUCUGAACAUUGCAGAUUACAUGUCAAACUUGUUCUAUCUUUCUCUGACAAGGAAUAACUUGGGUGGCACUGUCCCAUCCUCAAUGUGCCAAAUGAAGAAACUGGCAGGUCUUUUUCUCUCCAAAAACAAGUUGAUCAAUAAGCUCCCUGAUUGUUGGUCGAACUCCUCUGCACUGGUUGUUUUCGAUGCUGGAGACAACCACCUUUCCGGAAGCAUACCUGAUUCUUUAUGUCAAGUUCCAGCUCUUCAAUCACUACACUUGGGUGACAAUGUUUUGUCAGGUGAAUUCCCUGUUUCCCUGAAGAACUGCACUCAAUUAUAUGCACUUGAUCUCAGUGACAACAGUUUCAGUGGAAGCAUACCAACUUGGCUAGCAGAAAGUUUAUCAGGCUUGGGUAUUCUCAGCUUGAAGUCAAACACCUUUAUUGGUUACAUCCCUGCAGAAAUUUCACAGCUCACAAGUCUUCAGAUACUUGAUUUAUCAAGCAACAAUCUCUCUGGUCCAAUCCCCAGAAGCCUAGGCAAUUUCAGUACCAUGAAAGUGCCUCAUAAGGGCGGUUCAAGGCUGGUUGUUGUCCAGACUUACGAAGAAAGCUUGUUAUUAAACCUCAAGGGAAGACAAGAUACGUACACUAGCAAGCUUCUCUCACUUGUGAAAAUGAUAGACCUCUCAAACAAUCAUUUGUCAGGGGUCAUCCCUGAAGAGUUAGCAAGUCUCUACGGUUUGCAGGGUUUCAACCUUUCCAGAAACUAUUUGCAUGGUGAGAUCCCAGCCAAAUUUGGUCAAUUGCAGCAGCUGGAAACACUGGACUUGUCAAGAAAUCACUUCUCAGGGAGCAUACCUGCAACUUUAUCAAACUUGACAUUCCUGGCUCACUUCAAUGUAUCAUAUAACAACUUAUCAGGAAGAAUACCAUCAGGCAACCAGUUCAACACCUUCACAGACCCUUCCAUUUACAUUGGUAAUCAUCUCUGUGGAUUCCCUUUGACUGACAAUUGUACUAAAGGUGGCGGACCAAAUCAGGAAAAGCCAAGUGAUCAUGGAAAUGAAGAUGAUGGUGAUGAUGAGAUGGUAUGGAUGUACAUUGGAUCCUUGUCAGGAUUUGCAGUUGGAUUCUGGACCAUCUGGGGUGUCUUGAUCUUCAAAAACAAGUGGAGAUAUGCCUACUUUAGGUACACGGACACAACUUGUGACAAUAUCCAUGUCUGGGUUGUUGUUAACUUUGUGAGGAUGAAGAGCAAGAUCAUAUCAUAGUCAAACCACUAGAGUUAUCUGUCAUCAUGUGUGUAAUUAUCUAGUAAAAGUACAGUCUGGUGUUGUAUUUAAUAUCUGCUGUAAUAACACAUAUCCAUAUCACAGCUGCUGUAUUUUGGGCCACAACAAAUUA